AUGGAUGCUCCGAGGAGAGUUACCAUCAAGGAAGCGGGUGCACCAGAUUAUGUCCUUCAACCCCUUCAUGUAACUCACCCCAACUUGAAUGCUAACUUUGAAUUAAAGACCGCUUUGAUCAACCUCCUACCUAAGUUUCAUGGGCUUCCCGCACAAGACCCUAUUCGACAUCUCAAGGACUUCCAUCGCAUAUGCUCAACUACUAGACGGGAAGGGUCCGAUGAGGUUGCUAUAUGGUUGUUUGCUUUCCCUUUCUCUCUUGAAGACAAGGCUAAAGAAUGGUUAUACACUCUAUCUAGUGAAGUUACCUCCGAUUGGGACCUACUUAGAAGAGGAUUCUUGGAUAAAUUUUUGCCCCCGGAGAAGAUGGAUAGGCUAAGGAAGGAAAUGUCUUGUAUUGUACAAGGUGAGACGGAACCACUCUACGAGUAUUGGGAACGGUUUCGCAAGCUACUAGACGCAUGCCCCAAUCACAUGCUUGAUACUCAAGUAUUGCUUGGAUACAUAUGUCAAGGGAUGCGAGAGCAAGAUAGACCUCUCUUGGACACCUCUAGCAAUGGUUCUUUGUCCAAAUAUAAAACAACGGAGGAGGCAUGGCAACUUAUCAUUGACUUAGCCGAAUCCAAUCAACAUAUGAGACGAAGAGUCAACCGUCCAAGAACCGUGAAUGAGGUAUCAACUAGCAGCGAAACCACCGCUUUAACUCAAUCCUUGAGUGAAAUGACAUCCAUCUUGAGGCAACUCCAAUUGAACCAACAACAACCACAACAACCUCAAUCAUACCAACAACAACCCCCACCCCCUCAACAACACAACCAACAAUUGGUUCCUCAAAAAGUAUGUGGCAUUUGCUCUUGCUAUUCUCACUACACGGACGAGUGCCCAAGCCUUCAAGAAGACAACACUUUGGCGGCUACCCAUAAUUUCUAUGACCGCCCAAAUCAAGGAUACUACCAAGGCGGUAAUUCUAACCAAGGGCACCCUUAUCAAAGAGGAAACUACAAUCAAGGGGGAGGGUACCAUAAUCAAAAUUGGAGAGACAAUCACCAAUAA